GGCCCGUUCAAACGUCACGUGAGGCGCUCCAAACGUCAUAUGAUCAAAAAUCAGAAAAUUCGCAAAAUCGGAGGAGGAUUCACGAUGUUGCGGUCGAUUUUCUUCGUGAUUUCGCUGUUUGCGGCAGCAAACUGCGACCAGCUGUCGGUACUGUUCUCACCAAAGUCCGUCGAAUUUCGGGGCAACAGUCGCCUGGAUUCGGAAUCGCUGCCUGACGUGUUUGGUGCUGCCCUCGGAUACUCGGUUAGUCACCCGACCGAGUGGGAUGGUCUGUUGAUAAAGGAUCCUUUCAAUACUGCCAACGGAGCCGUGGUGAUAGUGGCUGAAGGAUUGGACUCUUUUCCGAUUGAUGGAGCUAAAACCUACAAACUGAACGGUAACACUGGAUCAUCGGUACUCAGCGAGCUAACGCAGAAGUCUGCCGAGCAUCAGGCGGUUAGUUUUGAAGUUGAUCUGAAGGAAUCGUCGGACAGCUUCACCACUCCCCUGGGAACCGUACAGCCAGAUGACGAGGAAGUCAGCCCGCAGCAUCUGAAGCCGAAAUCGAACAAGGCCGAUGCUGAUUUCUUGCGUCAAAUUGCUUACGUAAAUGGAUUGAGCGAUCUGCUGGUAACAUCCACUGAUCGCAUACCCACCGUUCAUAUUGUUCGCGUGUCCUUUGAAGCCUUGCUGGCCGCACACGAUGCUAACUCGCCUGCACUAGAGGAAGCAAACAAGCUGUUCGUGAGUGCGCUUGGUGAACUGGAAACGGCCGCCGAGAAGGCUUUCGAUGGAUCCGUCAUUGUUGGCUUGGUAACGGCUAGUGAAGGCCAGCUGGUGCGCUCCAAGCGUCAGGCGAAACAAGAACAAGCGGUGGAAGAUGAUAUCAACUUGGCCAAAAGGUACAACAGCAACUAUCCAGUCAUCUUCAACAUUAUUUUGUGGUUCAGCGUCGUAUUGGCCUUCUCAUUGAUCGCCAUUUCGAUUGUGAUCGGAACAAUGGAUCCGGGCCGCGACUCCAUUAUCUAUCGCAUGACUUCCACCAGAAUGAAGAAAGACAACUAAAGGGUGGCAGUUCUUUGCCUGGUUCCACAGUCAUCGGAACAAGGGCAACUAUACAUGCCCGUGGUAAACAAAAUGACCAUCAUCAAUUGCGGGCCCCAACAACUACAGAGAAACAGAAAUUAAUCAGCAAAAAGUAUUACCAGCGGCACGCCACGGCCCACGACCCCAGAUCGAAGGCGAUUGUAAACCAAUUUUAUCCACACAAAAAGGUUCCAAUCAUCUACUGAUGAUGAACUUACAGCGAAGCGCCACAGACUCUUCUUUUCUUUCGUCGCAUCGUCCGUCGCCCCGCCGAUAAAGUUUUUUUGUUCGUAAUUACACCAUCUUGCAGAUUGCCUGAUUCACAUCUCCUGUUAGUCAAUCUUUACCCGUGUGAUCGUCUGCACCAUGCCAGGAAUGUGCGCUUUGCCUCUUAGGAAGUGAUGCACAUUGUAGAACUUACGAUUGUUUGUUGUUUGUUUCAGUUCGAUAAGGAAAAAAUAAAGAGAGAGGAGAAGAGAGAGAUAACAUUCCACAGUUAUCUAGUAGAAAAUCGUCAAA